AUGACGGUUUUCAAGAGGUGGCUAUCAAGCACAGUUAGGACACUUAAUGCCAAACCGCCGGGAUCUCUUCAGAAAGCGGCAAGAAUGGAAAUACUGGCGAAAUAUUAUCCAAAAGACCUACUAAAAUCUAUAGAACUAGGUGAAAGUGCGAUCCCAGAAGAUACGAAGUUUGAGCCAUCCAAAGGUGUAAAAUUUGCUCCUCCUUAUUUAGACAAUUUUGCCGAAUUACAUCCUUAUUGGGAUUACAAGCCAGGCUUGCCAAAUAUUCACACUCACGGUCCACCGGAGUAUUUCAACCUCGAUGAACAACAGCAACCUCUACCUACUGAAUUAGACGUUCCACGCGGUGCUUUCCUCUCAACUGAGGGGUUGUCUCAGACAACUUUGAUUGCUAAAGGUAUCCAAAGACAGACAGGUUUGAACGCCGAUUUUAUAGCAAAAAAUUUGGUUAUGAGACCGCUAGUGAUGAAGAGGGUCUCAAACCAAACUGCAAAGGGUAAAAUUCCCUCAUACUACGCUCUAGUAGUCGUUGGUAACCGUGAUGGUAUGGUAGGACUAGGAGAGGGUAAGUCUAGGGAAGAUAUGUCAGAAGCAAUUAAGAAAGCUCACUGGGAUGCCGUCAGAAACCUAGUCCAUAUUCCAAGAUACGAAAAUAGAACAAUAUAUGGUGAUAUUGAUUACCGCUUCCACGGUGUGAAGCUUUUUAUGAGGUCUGCAAAGCCAGGUUCUGGUUUGAGAGUAAACCACAUCAUCUUUGAAAUAUGUGAAUGUGCGGGCAUUAAAGACUUAAGUGCUAAGGUGUACAAGUCUAGAAACAGAAUGAAUGUUGCAAAGGGUACACUGGAGGCAUUAGCUAAUUCCCAGAAAACAUUAGAUGAAAUUGCAUUAGGACGGGGUAAGAAGCUGGUGGAUGUUAGAAAGGUCUAUUAUUCUACUGAAUGA